UAUAAGAGUAUUUGUGAUUGUCCCGAAAAUGAGGAUUCUCGCCUUUAUUUAUAAAAGCGAGUUACCUGAGCUGCACGCGCGAGCAAGGCGAGUUCGGCCAACUGUCUUCUGCUCGUCCGUACAGCCGCGCGCCUCCACUAUCUUUGGUGUCAGGAGAUGCGUCCUCUUUGUCAGAGAAUGUCAGAGUCCGUUGCAGCUAUGUAGCCACUCACAGUGCGCCACGCGUCCUUCCUUUCACGUGCUGGAGAUUCCCUUGUGUACUCUGAUAUUCGACCAAUCUUCUGCGACCACGCCCUAUCCGACCACUCAUGGUGGUUCGUAUCUGUCGACCACGUUCGAUCUUUGCUGUCUGCUCUCUGCUCCUUUAUUGCUAGCGCCUGGUCUUUCUCGACCAGGUCACUCGACCUUUCCUUACUCAG